CUUACGUAAUAACAAACAUCUGUCAAACUCAUACGGAUUUCGUGCCGAAAAAGUUCCAGGUCGUGAAAAGUAGCGAAAAAACGCUUUUCUCAUAUUUCCCGUCGCGUAAUCCUUAUCGAACAUGUCGGCCGUGAAAAUUUUCUCCUUGGCCAAACACGGCAACCGGAUCAUCCGUCCGACAAUGAUGAUGACCACUCGCUCCUGCACCAAUGCCGCAAUGAAGGCCACCAGCAUCAAGCCACAGGAGUUCUAUUACGUUAACAACACGGAUCCGAGCAUGGAGAUGACCGACAUCACGGAUCGUGCCGCGCAAACCAUAUUCUGGACGGAACUGUUCCGUGGUGCCGCGGUAACUCUGGCUCACAUCUUCAAGGAACCCGCCACCAUCAACUACCCGUUCGAGAAGGGACCUUUGAGCCCUCGUUUCCGUGGUGAGCAUGCUUUGCGGCGUUACCCCAGCGGAGAAGAGAGGUGCAUUGCCUGUAAGCUGUGUGAGGCAAUCUGUCCGGCGCAGGCCAUUACCAUUGAGGCGGAAGAGCGCGCUGAUGGGAGCCGUAGAACCACCCGGUACGAUAUCGACAUGACCAAGUGCAUCUACUGUGGAUUCUGUCAGGAGGCUUGCCCCGUUGAUGCCAUCGUGGAAGGACCGAACUUUGAGUUCUCCACCGAGACGCACGAAGAGUUGCUAUAUAACAAGGAAAAGUUGCUCUGCAAUGGCGACAAAUGGGAGUCGGAAAUCGCGUCGAACAUCAAUGCCGACUAUCUGUACCGUUAAAAGGGUCUGACGGUGAUGGAUUGUGCAUUGGAAAUGUACAACCGUUUAGAACACAACAUGUAAACUAAAAAUAUAUACGAUAUCAGUUGAAGCUA